AUGCAAUCCGCAUUUUUCAUUUACCUUCUCACAUACGCGACCUUUAUCACCUACACGAUAGCCAAAGACUGUUGCUACGCCAACAACUGGGCGGAAACCAACUGGCUCAACAUCGCAUGGAAGGAAAGCAUAGGGGCUGCGGAAUGCACCCUUAAGGGCCAUUUCCCGCCCAGCUCGAAAUGCAUCGUCGAGAACUUGAAAGAUGCGAAUGGCAACAUCCAGGCCCUCACGAGCCUCUACUUCGGCAACGAUCCUUUCCCGUACAAGUACCGCCUCGGUAUCGACCCUUCUAGCUGUAAACAUCUGCCGGAUGAAAAGGUUAAGACGGGUUGGGAAGGCUUCGGAGCGUACUUGUUUCAAGACUCGUGGUUGACUUACCAAGAUAUGGAAACAUGCGACUGA